UUAGCCACCACAUUACAAGAUAAAUACUGCCUCCUGUUUUCCUCUCUCUCUCUCUCCUGUUUUCUUCCACUUUCUCUCUCAUUCAUAAGAUCUUCCUUUCUUUCACAACUUUCAAAACCAAAUCUAAAAGCUGCACUUGUUUGUAGCAUAUCAUCCCUUUUUAUCUCUCCUUGUCCCUUUCACUCGAUCUGCAUUUUCCUUUUCUAUCACAAAACACAACACCAUAGCCACUCUUUCCUCUGCUGCUCUUCUUUGAUUUGCGUGCAAUCUUUCCAACCUACGCGGUUAUUGUUCCUUCUCCUACAAGAUCUUAUCCCUCCCCUGCUUUGUUCCUAAGCUGAAUAAAACAAAAAUUCUCAGAAUUUUUUGUGGAAUAAUAAAGAGACCAAUCUUUUUUUAUAAUGAUUCUCUAAUGACCCUUUUUAUCUUUUUACAGUCCCAUUAAUUUAUAUUACAAAUAAUGGAUUCCAAUACUCAUCAGAGUUAUCUACUCAAACAACAGAACCAACCCAUUUCUGGAUUGCUUCGUUUUCGUUCUGCACCAACUUCACUUCUUUCAAACAAAGAUAGUAAUAGUAGUAGUAGUAAUCAUUUUUGGGAGUGUUCUGAUAAUAUUAAUUCUGGUUCAUCUAGUUUUCAAGAGUUUGAAGAAAAUAAUAAUAAUAAUAAGACUUGUUCUAAGGAAUUGAGUGAAAUGAAUUCUUCUGGUUAUGGUGGUGGUUUGCCACCUCAUUAUCCUAGACAUGGUUCUGGUGUUACUUCAAGUUCUGCUAUGAAUGGUUCUUUUGGAUUGGGAAUGGAACAUGAAACAACACAUAAGAGCUUUCCUUCAAAUCUUCUUAGGCAGGGUAGUUCCCCUGCUAGUCUUUUCUCCAACAUUUCCUUUCAAAAUGGGUUUGCAUUCAUGAAAGGUGUUGGAAACUAUGCUGAAGCGAAUGGAAGUAACGACGAACUUAGUCCGUCGAUUAAUCGAUUGAACAGUCAGGUUAGCUUUCCUUCAAGAAAUGCUUCUUCAUUGGGAAUAUUGUCACAAAUCACUGAAAUAGGGAGUGAGGAUAUUGAAGCAACUAGUCCUGAUGAUGGAAGAGAAAGAAGUAGCAAUGGCGAUGCAACACAUUACGGUUCUGGAUUUCCCUAUAGUUCUUGGAAUGAUACUCAAACAUUCUCAGAAAAUCUCAGUGGUUUGAAAAGAGGGCGAAGCGGUAACGAAAAAAUGUUUUCUGAUAUUCAGAGUGGAGGGUUUGGAAAUCAAGUUCAUACAUUAUCACAUCACUUGAGUUUACCAAAGACUUCAUCUGAAAUGAUUGCUAUGGAGAAAUUGCUUCAGUUCUCAGAUUCUGUUCCUUGUAAAAUCAGAGCGAAACGAGGUUGUGCUACUCAUCCUCGAAGCAUUGCUGAAAGGGUAAGAAGAACUAAGAUCAGUGAAAGAAUGAGGAAAUUACAAGAGCUUGUUCCAAACAUGGAUAAGCAAACUAACACAGCAGACAUGUUGGACUUGGCUGUUGAUUACAUUAAAAAUCUUCAGAAACAAUUCAAGUCUCUAAGUGAAAAACGAGCUAGCUGCAAAUGUAUGAGGAUGCAGAAGGCAGAUACAAAUCAAAUUUGACAAACAUUUCUUAUGCAAAGAUGGAUUAGGAUUGGGGACUUUAAUGUUCAUGUUGAAAAAUAAGUAGAAAGAAAGAGACUAAUAUAGAAAUGAUAUUAUGUUUUUGUUGAAUGUGACAUUCACAACAUAAAGGUUCUUUAGAUUAAAAGGGUUUCGAUUACAGAGCAAUAAAAUCAAAUAGUAUUUAUAUUUGUAA